UUUGUGGCCUCGUGAUACCUUAUACAAAAUCUCUCCUCUGCUCUCACACUACAAGCCUCUCUCUCACUGUUGUCUCCCUCCAUCACUGGCUUCGCGCCCUAUUUCUCAUGGAAUCUCACCGGAAAACCGCUUUUGUUUUUGGGGAAAAUCCGCAUCAGAAGCCACCCGUCCAGCCCAGCAUAUAAAAACAGAACAAUAUACUCGGAGAACUUUUCAAUUUUUGUGUUAUUACGAAAGCAUAUUGUACAAUGGCAGUGGUUUUUGACUCUGUUGCUGUUUCCUUCGCUUUGCUUCUGCUAAUGUUGAGUCAUGGACGAGUUCACUCGGAGCCUGUACAAGACAAGCAAACCCUACUUGCAUUUCUCUCUCGAAUUACACAUGCUAAUCGCGUCCAAUGGAAUGAGUCCAACUCUGCCUGCAGCUGGAUAGGGGUUGUCUGCGACGGAAACCAAUCCUCAGUGCGCGAACUUCGCCUUCCCGGCGUGGACCUUGUGGGCCAGAUUCCACCCAAUACCUUGGGAAAACUGACUCAGCUCCGAGUUUUGAGUCUCCGCUCCAACCGUCUUUCCGGUGAGAUCCCCUCCGAUUUCUCCAAUUUAACCUUCCUACGCAGCCUCUAUCUCCAAAACAAUGAGUUUACUGGUGAUUUCCCUCAGAGCUUGCCUCGGCUAACUCGGUUAGCCCGUCUCGAUCUCUCUUCAAACAACUUCACUGGCUCAAUCCCUUUUACUGUCAACAAUUUGACCCAUUUGACACGGCUUUAUUUGCAGAAUAAUCAGUUCUCAGGCACUUUACCUAGUAUUAACCCGUCAGGUUUGAUGGACUUCAAUGUGUCGAACAACAAUCUAAAUGGUUCAAUCCCUUCGGUUUUAUCCAGAUUCCCCGCAGCCUCAUUCGCCGGAAAUUUAAAUCUAUGCGGUGGCCCAUUGCCGCCUUGCAGUCCAUUUUUCCCUUCUCCAGCUCCAUCCCCAUCAGAAGCCCCACCGGCGACCCCAGUUCGCAAAAAGUCCAAGAAACUCUCCACCGUCGCGAUUGUUUUAAUUGCAGUUGGCUCCGCGUUAGUAGCUUUCUUACUCUUGCUGUUUCUAUUGUUAUGUCUCCGGCGGAAACAGCGGAGGCAGCCAGCGAAGACCCCGAAACCAACAGCGGCACCGCGAGCGGUACCAGUGGAAGCGGGAACGUCCUCGUCAAAGGAUGAUAUUACAGGUGGGUCAGCGGAGGCUGAGAGGAACAAGCUGGUGUUUUUUGAGGGAGGCAUAUACAGCUUCGAUUUGGAGGAUUUAUUGAGGGCAUCUGCGGAGGUGCUGGGGAAGGGAAGCGUGGGAACAUCUUACAAAGCAGUGCUGGAAGAAGGGACGACGGUGGUGGUGAAGAGGCUGAAGGAUGUGGUUGUAACGAAAAAAGAGUUCGAGAUGCAAAUGGAGGUUGUGGGAAAGAUCAAGCACGACAAUGUAGUGCCAUUGAGAGCGUUUUAUUAUUCCAAGGAUGAGAAACUGCUGGUUUACGAUUACAUGCCGGCCGGUAGCUUAUCUGCUCUCCUCCACGGUAGUAGAGGGUCAGGCCGGACACCACUUGAUUGGGACAACCGGAUGAGAAUCGCAAUGAGUGCAGCAAGAGGCCUAGCUCAUCUACAUGUGGUUGGAAACGUGGUCCACGGCAACAUCAAAUCCUCCAAUAUCCUCCUCCGACCUGAUCAGGACGCUUGCGUCUCCGACUUCGGACUCAACCCGCUCUUUGGCACCUCUACGCCGCCCAGCCGCGUCGCUGGCUAUCGUGCCCCGGAAGUCGUUGAAACCCGUAAAGUUACCUUUAAAUCAGACGUGUAUAGUUUCGGGGUAUUGCUUCUCGAACUGUUAACGGGGAAAGCACCCAAUCAAGCCUCCUUGGGCGAAGAAGGCAUUGACUUGCCCAGGUGGGUACAGUCCGUGGUUCGAGAGGAAUGGACGGCUGAGGUAUUUGAUGUGGAGUUGAUGAGAUACCAUAACAUUGAGGAGGAAAUGGUGCAGCUGUUGCAAGUAGCAAUGGCGUGUGUUUCGACAGUGCCUGAUCAGAGACCGGCAAUGCAGGAGGUGGUGAGGAUGAUUGAGGAUAUCAAUAGGGGAGAGCCCGAUGAUGGGUUACGGCAAUCUUCCGAUGAUCCAUCAAAAGGAUCGGACGGUCAUACGCCUCCUCAGGAAUCCAGGACCCCACCUACAACUGUCACACCGUAGAAAUUCCCCUCUAUAAAAACAAAGGGGUAAAAGUUAAAAAUAAAAAAGAGAGAGAAAAAAAGAAAGGAGACACUGUGGUGGGUCCGACGGUCUCUCCUUAAAAUGUGCACCCAAAGCGUAAGUAACAGUGAUAAAAGUGCGCAUUUGAUUGAGGGAAGCGGUCCAAAAAUGUGUUUGUUUUUAUUUUAUUAAUUUUUUUGGGUUUAUUUUAUCUUAUUUUUUCAAUUUUAAUCUGCAACAUUUUUACAGGUGGGAGGGUCUCCAGGAUUCCAAUUGUUUUUAGAGGAAGGAUUGUAAUUUGACUAAAUUGAAGGAUUUAAUUGGGUUUUACUUAAUUCUUUAUUUCGUAUA